AUGAUCAAUCACCCGACGAGCACAGUAAUAAAUGAUCGAAUCCGUCAAUAUCAGCCUGCUGAAGAACAACUCACAGGAAAUGCAACCCCGCAUCAGUCGUGGUUCCAUACUGAUAGCAGUCAGGCAGGUCGGAAUUACCUCACAUUAGCUAGGAUCCAUCCAUUUAGCAGUCGCCAUACUGUUAAUCUUGUUAACAGCCAAGUCAUUCAUAAUAUAUCAACUAUAUCAGUGCAUCGAAUGCAGAAGUUGAUUUGGUCCAAGGGCACAAAGGCCGGAAAAGAAGCAUCCGAAUCGCGCGAUCUGCAUGCAUGCAUAUUAAUCAAUAUCUAG